AUGCGUGUCCUCAAGAAAUCGUGGUUGCAAGCACCAUGUUCCCGCAAUAUGUGUACUAUGACAACACCACACUUGAAUUACAUGAUUAAUGUUCACAUUAACGACAACAACGUAAAACAAGCUCACAAACUGUUGGACGAGAACCCUUUAUCCUGCAACAUUGUUUCCUGGAACAUGAUCAUGACUGCUUAUGUGCAGCACAAUCAAAUCGGACUCGCUCGUAACCUGUUCGAUAAAAUGCCUCUCAAAGACGCAGUUUCAUGGAACAUCAUGUUGUCUGGUUUUCAUAGAACCAGAAACUCAGAGGGGCUGUACAGCUGUUUCUUGCAAAUGGGAAGAGCUGGUGUAGUCCCGAAUGACUACACUGUCUCUACGUUGCUCAGAGCAGUUGUUAGUACUGAGAUGGAUGUUUUGGUCAAUCAAGUUCAUGGUUUGGCGUUUCGUUUGGGACUUAACUUGAAUGUGUUUGUUGGGUCUUCUUUGAUUAGAGCUUAUGCGGGUUUAAGAGAGGAAGAAGCUUUGAGUAAAGCGUUUGAUGAUAUAUUGAUGAAAGAUGUUACAUCGUGGAAUGCUUUGGUUUCUAGUUAUAUGGAAUUGGGAAGAACGGUUGAUGCUCAGACAACGUUUGAUAUAAUGCCUCAAAGAAAUAUAAUUUCUUGGACUACUUUGGUGAAUGGUUACGUCAAGAACAAGCAAGUUAACAAAGCACGGUAUAUUUUUGACAAAAUGAAGGAGAGAAAUGUGGUUUCUUGGACGGUAAUGAUUAGUGGGUAUGUGCAAAACAAGAGGUUUAUGCAUGCAUUGAAGCUUUAUGUUCUUAUGUUUAAGACUGAAACCCGUCCCAAUCAUUUCACGUUUUCAAGUGUAUUGGAUGCGUGUGCAGGUUGUUCCUCUCUUCUGAUGGGGCUGCAGGCUCACCUGUGUAUUGUUAAGUCUGGGAUACGAAAUGAUGUUAUUUGGUUGACCUCGCUGGUUGAUAUGUAUGCAAAAUGUGGGGAUAUGGAUGCAGCAUUUUGUGUUUUUGAGUCCAUUACAGAUAAGAAUUUGGUAUCAUGGAAUGCAAUAAUUGGAGGUUAUGCAAACCAUGGGCUAGCUGCACGAGCACUGGAGGAGUUUGAUAGGAUGAAAAUUGUGGGCGUAACACCUGAUGAAGUUACAUUUGUGAAUGUGUUGUCAGCGUGUGUGCAUGCUGGUCUUGUUGAAGAGGGCGAAAAGCACUUUGCAGAUAUGCUGACCAAGUAUGGAAUACAAGCAGAGAUGGAGCAUUAUAGUUGCAUGGUGGACCUAUAUGGAAGAGCAGGGAAAUUCGACGAAGCAGAAAAGUUAAUCAAGAAUAUGCCAUUUGAGCCUGAUUUGGUGUUGUGGGGUGCACUACUUGCAGCUUGUGGCCUGCAUUCAAAUUUGGAACUUGGACAGUAUGCGGCUGAGAGGAUUCGCAGAUUGGAGAGCAAUCAUCCUGUUUCUUACUCGAUGCUUACAAAAAUCCAAGGUGAGAAAGGAAUGUGGAGCAGUGUGAAUGAUUUGAGGGACAGAAUGAACGAGAAAGGAAUAAAAAAGCAGAACGCAAUUAGUUGGGUUGAGUGA